GCUGGACAUUGGAGAUUUAUUCUCCAGAAGGAAACACCAGGGAUCUGUGAGACUCCAGGCAUUCCUGGAGGUGCAUAUGGAGACCGCAUUCAUUCCCCAGCCUUCUACUUCCAUUUGGCUUCCCGAACACUGAUGACAACCAGCCCCCUGCCUUCCAGAUCCCACCUCUCGGAAGAUGCACUAUUAUAGAUACUCUAACGCCGAGGUCAGCUGCUGGUAUAAGUACCUCCUUUUCAGCUACAACAUCGUCUUCUGGUUGGCUGGAGUUGUUUUCCUUGGAGUCGGACUGUGGGCAUGGAGCGAAAAGGGGGUGCUGUCCGACCUCACCAAGGUGACCCGGCUGCACGGAAUCGACCCUGUGGUGCUGGUCCUGAUGGUGGGCGUGGUGAUGUUCACACUGGGAUUCGCUGGCUGCGUGGGGGCCCUGCGGGAGAACAUCUGCCUGCUCAAGUUUUUCUGCGGCACCAUCGUGCUCAUCUUCUUCCUGGAGCUGGCCGUGGCUGUGCUGGCCUUCCUAUUCCAGGACUGGGUGAGGGACCGGUUCCGGGAGUUCUUCGAGAGCAACAUCAGAUCCUACCGGGACGACAUUGACCUGCAGAACCUCAUCGACUCCCUCCAGAAAGCUAACCAGUGCUGCGGUGCAUAUGGCCCUGAAGACUGGGACCUCAACGUCUACUUCAACUGCAGCGGCGCCAGCUACAGCCGCGAGAAGUGUGGGGUGCCCUUCUCCUGCUGCGUGCCAGACCCCGCGCAAAAAGUUGUGAACACACAGUGUGGCUAUGAUGUCAGGACCCAGCUGAAGAGCAAGUGGGACGAGUCCAUCUUCACGAAAGGAUGCAUCCAGGCGCUGGAGGGCUGGCUUCCGCGCAAUAUUUACAUUGUGGCCGGCGUCUUCAUCGCCAUCUCCCUGCUACAGAUAUUUGGCAUCUUCCUGGCGAAGACCCUGAUCUCGGACAUUGAGGCAGUGAAGGAGGGCCAUCACUUCUGAGGGCCAGAGGUGAGCGAGCAGAGCUGAGCCACGCUGUGGAGGUCAGAGCCCUUCACUGUUGUCAACUCGAUGUCCGGAGGGAAGACGUGGACGCGCCCAGCCACAACCGGCACCUGUCUUCCGCGUCAGCGUGACAUGACCUCUCUGCUUCUGUUUGCUGGUGCUGGAGACCGAGGGGCCCCCCUCUAAACUGCACUAACCUGUGACCGAGACACCCUCCCCCACCACCCCGACACUUGGGGUCUACCCAGAGACGGAGAACAUGUUUGAAGCGGGGGUGGUGACUCUGGUGGACGGAAGCUCCUGUGGCUGUGAAAAGCGCCUGACUCAGUUCUCCUGGUGCCUCCUGUGGGGCACCCUGGCCUCCCCGCUCGUGUCAUCGGUGCUGGCCGGGAGGGCUGCCACCUGCUGUGAGUGGGACAUGGCGGGGGGACCCGGAGACACGGACAAGGCCUCUCAUGGUGGCAGAAGGAUGCUGCCUGUGACCGGGGAGGGGAGGAACACAUGUGGACCGUGCCAGGGGAGCCUGCAGUGUCUGCACGACUCGGGGAUGUGUGCAGGAUCCUCAGCCACGUUCAAGUAAGCCUGAGCCAUGUGUGGACCGGUGCCACGGAGGGCCUCCUCUGCCGCCCCUUCCAGAGCGGGAGCCGCCCCGAAUCUCGACAGCAUUAUGCCCAGAGGGCACGGGGCAUGGGCAGCAUUCUCCUCGGAGAGUCGGCUCUUCUUUUCUUCAAAUGUGUAAAUAGUUUAUUUAUAGGGUUAAGAAUGUUCUCACACCAUUUCUUCAUUUCCUCUGGCAUUCCCUCGAAGCAGCCUUACGCGGCGUCUGCGACUGAAGCCAUCCCUUUCAGUUCCUUUGAGUGUCUCAAGAACCAAUGCCAUCCGCUUCUCCUUUUCAUCCCUACUGACCCAGGUGCACACACAUGUUCCCCCUUCCUCCGCGCCCCCCCCCCCCCACCACCCACACACCCACUCCCCUCUCCCGCUUGGCCUCACUUGUCUUCUGGUCUUGGUGCUACUGAAACCGUCGUCCGGAACUUGAAUCCUGACCCCCCUCCCUGCCGCCAGGCCAAGGAGCCCCAGCCAGAGAGAGCCGGCCCGGGACCUUUGACCAGGGCAGCUCUCGAGGCCACGCGGUCAGGGCCACUGGCCAGCCUGGCAUUUGCCUCUGCCCCCCAACCUGGAGUGAAACUAGCCGGGCUCCCGUGCCCCAGCCCGCAGCUGUAUAGAAGCUCGGGAUGGUCCCCCCCUUCCCCCUGCUAACUUUUAUGAUGACCUCCCCACACCACUGUCCACAAACCAGAUAUCUGUGGUGACUGUGUCCACCCUUCCUGGCAGGGCUAUCCUGGGGCUUGCUCUUGGAAAUGAAGUCUGUCUGAUGUACUGAUGUGCCCCCCCACCCCCUUCCCAGACAUAGCUGGGGCGUUUGUGCGGCUCUGGGCUACUUUCUAAUGCUUCUCUGGAUCUCGUACCAGUUCUGUCCUCGUCGUUCAGGGAUUGAGUGCCACCUUCACUUACUCGCGGAAGUGUACAUGCUCGUGUGGUGUAUCCUGGCGGGUGUUUGUUGAUGAUGAUACGAUUUUUUUUGUUUGUUUUUUGUUUUUACGGUUUUCUCUGUAGACUAGAGGAAGAAGGAUGCUUGUGUUUUCAGGAAGUGUAAUGCUUUUCUUUGACUGCCAAACUCUUUUAUGGAAUAUAUCUUUGUAUUAA